CUCCACGACAUCAUCAUCGUCGGGGCCGGCCCCUGCGGCCUCGCGGUGGCGGCGCGCCUGCGGGAGCGGAACCCCGCGGCGCUCUUCACCGACGAGGAGCACCGGCGGUUCCACUGGAUGAGGCGGCACGGGAGGAAGAUGGCGCUGAGGGACGACAGGAGCCAGCGGGUGUCGCGGGCCGCGGGGGCCGGGGCCGAGCCGCACGAGUACGACAUGGUGGUGCUCGACGCCGACGCCGACGACUGGAUGGGCCGGUGGAACCGCCUCUUUGACGCCUUCGACAUCGACCAUCUGCGCAGCCCCAUGUUCUGGCACGUCGACCCGGGCGACCGCGACAGCCUCCUGUCCAAGGCGUACAUGCAGGGGCGCGAGGGCGAGCUGAUGGAGAUCAAGAACUGCGUGGGCAGGGAGAUCAGCAAGCACCAGAAGAAGAAGAAGAGGAUGAUGAUGGGGGCGAGAAGCCGAUACUCCCGAGUCCACAUCAACGAGCGGGAGCGACACGACUACUUCAACCCGAGCCGGGCGCUCUUCCGCGACCACUGCCGCGACGUGGUGGACCGGUACGGCCUGGGUGGCGCGCGCGGCUCCCUGGUCCGCAAGGAGCGCGUGCUCGACAUCGCGUACGGCCCGGUCCCGGGCGUGUCUGGCGCGGGCGAGAAGCUCUUCACGGUGCGCACCGAAGGGGACGCCGCACCACCGGUCCGCCACGCGCGCGUCGUGAUCCUCGCCGUCGGAGCGGGCAACCCGCCGCGCAUCCCCGCCAUCCCCGGUAUCGACACCGGCUGUAGCACGGGCGCGGAGGGCGGCGCGCCACCGCCACCGCCCCCGCAGGUCAGCCAUGCGAUGCACCUCCGGGCCGGCGGGGACGAGUUCCCCCUGCCGCACGAGCUGCGGCAGAAGAUCCCGGCCGGCAGGGAAGUCAACAUCCUCGUCGUCGGGGGCGGCCUGACGUCGGCGCAGCUGUCCGACCUCGCCAUCCGGCGGACGACGGGGACGGGGACGGGGACGGGGACGGCGAUGAAGCUGACGGUGUACCAUUUGACGCGGGCCCGGCUCCGCACGCGCCUGUUCGACGUCGGGCUGGACUGGAUGGGCAAGUUCCGCAACGGUGAGCAGGCGCGGUUCUGGACGGCCGCCUCGGACGCGGAACGGCUGGCGCUGCUGCGCGAGGCGCGCGGCGGCGGCAGCAUCACGCCGAGAUACCGCCGGAUCCUGCGGCGCCACGCCGAGGCCGGGCGACUGCGGCUGCUCGAGGGCGUCCAGAUAGUCCGGGCGCGGUUCCAGGUCGAGGACGAGCAGGAGGGCCGCGGGGUCUGGUGCGAGGAGGAGGUGGAGGAGCAGGAGCUGCCACCGAUGGACUGGAUCUACUUUGCUACCGGGGUGGAAUCUGACUUUGAGGCGUUGCCGUUCCUGAGGACCAUGCUCGAGAGCUACCCAAUCGAAGGGCAAGGGGGCCUUCCGUGCCUGAACGACGACCUGAUGUGGAAGGACGGGGUACCGCUGUUCGUGGCCGGCAGGUUGGCGGCCCUGAGGCUGGGCCCGGCGGCGCCCAACCUCGGAGGUGCGAGGCUCGCGGCGGAGAGGAUCGCGUGGGCGGUUGAGGAUCUCGUUCGUGACGGAGGCGAG